CCUCUUAAUAUCUGAGACGACUGCAUUAAAACCUUAACUCUCUUUUUGUCUAUAUAAACUUGGUUCCGAAAACCCAUUUCUGCAAAUCCAACUUAGUUUUCAAUUAUAUCAUCUUUGCUUUAAUUUCUUUCAUUGUUCAUAUUUGAACCCGCAAAUGAUGAGAAGCGAAGAAUAUAAACGCAUUCUUCGUUGUUUCGACAAAGAUGGAGAUGGGAAAAUUUCAGCGUGGGAGUUAAGGCAUAGACUAGGACGGAUGGGCGGAGAGUUGAUGUUAAAUGAAGAAGAAGCAUUGGGCUGGAACGGGAAUGGGUUAUUGGAUUUGGAGGACGUAAUAGAGUUGAUGGAAGGAGGAGGAGAAGAAGAAAAGAUGAAGAAUUUGAGAGAAGCAUUUGAGAUGUAUGAUGGACAAGGAAGUGGGUUCAUUACACCCCAAGGACUGAACAAAAUGCUGACAAAACUUGGGGAGUCAAAGUCGAUUGAUGAAUGUAUGGUGAUGAUCAAGCAUUUUGAUAUCAAUGGCGAUGGAGUUAUCAGCUUUGAUGAAUUCAGAGUAAUGAUGCAGUAAUAUAAGGCCAUGGUUGUUCCUUUUUUUUUUCCUUUGCUUUCCAUCUGUGUCAGGGAUCAUCAUUCAUUAUAUUCUUUUAACUAAUAGAAAUUGUUCCAACAAGUUAAAUAUACUCCAUCAUGAAAGUGGGCGGUGGUUAAUAAUAAUCUUCUCCGUAAACUAUAAGUAAGUUCAGUUUUAAUAA